GUACCACUGAAAAGAGGAGCACUCCCUGGCCGCUCCUUUGCGCAUUCGUGCUUCAAUCAGGCUAGCUUAUGAAAGGAGCAAGUGCAGCCGCUGCGCAACCUGGCCCAUCAUGCUGCCUAUGCGUCUCCCUGCGCUGCUGGCGGCGCUGCUGUUGUUCUGCAGUGUCUUGGUAAGCGCGGCAUCAUCAUCGCUAUCGUCGUCCUCGCCCUCAGCUGUCGGCGUACGGACGCUGGUCGUGCUCAAAGAUGCCGAGGCCGAUCGUGCGGCAUAUUCGAAGCUGUUCGACCGCCUGCGCGAGAAAGGGUACCAGCUCACGUUCCGAUCCGCCAAGGCAGCUACUCCACAACUGUCCACGUACGAGCUCAACGACUUUGACCACCUCUUCUACUGGACGCCUUCCACCGCUCCGAGCGCGACUUCGGACCUCUCACCUCAGAAGAUCGUUGAAUUCAUGCGGCGAGGUGGGAAUCUCAUCUUUGGGUUAGAUAGCGACGUAACAGAGGGCAAUAGGGAUUUCGCCAGGGAGUUCCACCUGGACGUCGAACCCCGCGGGACGGGACUCAUCGACCACUUCCGCACCGAGACGAAGCUCGACACGGGAAAUCAUACCGCCAUUCUCGUUGGCGGCGGCAGUCGCAGCACCUCCCAGAGCAAGCUAUCGCCAGGCGGCGCAGUUCUUAAUGCCCACGUCUUCUCGUCAGAGACACUGGAGCAGCUGAAGACUUCUCCCAUCCUCUUCCGCGGAGUCGCUCACCGUAUUGGAGCGCUGCCUCUCGCCUUUCCUCUCUUGCAUGCUCCUGCUACAUCCUACUCAACAGAGGGCCCGCCCUCGGAAGACAAGUCUGCUGUUCCCCUCGAGGAGAACCUGGACAUCUUGACUGGAGGACAAGUGGCAAGCCUGGUCAGCGCCUUCCAGAUCAAGGAGAACUCGGCGAGGGCCUUGUUCCUCGGCAGCUUGGACAUGCUAAAGAACUCGUUCAUUGAUGCCAAGGAUCUGCGUGCCGCUGACGGCGCCAGGUACGCCUCGACUGCCAACUUGGCUUUCGCAACCGAUGCGCUCGGUUGGGCGAUGCAAGAACAUUCUGUUCUGCGCGUGGCGUCGACCAGCCACCACCGCGUCCGAUUGAAUGAAAAAGACACGCGUCCCGAAUACGAGGAGAGCGAAGAUGCGCAAGCCGUGUAUCGCGUGAAAGACUUGGUCACCUUCCACAUCGACCUCGCGCAGCAUCUCCCUAUGGGCGGAUGGCAACCCGCGCCGAGCGACUUGGACCUGCAGGUUUCUCUCGUCAUGCUCGACCCGUACGUCACCACUAAGCUUUCCGCUGCUGCGCCGCAGACUAUCGUCUCCUCCGGGCAGACGCAGACAAACGCGACGACGCGAUACAGCGCCAGCUUCCGCAUGCCGGAUCGGCACGGCGUCUUCACAUUCCACGUGGACUGGAAACGGCAAGGCUGGUCCUACAUCAAGACGCGUGACACUGCCCCCGUCCGGCCGUUCAACCAUGACGAGCACCCACGCUUCCUUUCCGCAGCGUAUCCAUAUGUGAGCGGCGCAUUCAGCACCAUGACAGCCUUCGUCAUCUUCUGCACACUAUGGCUCGUCGUCAAGGAGCCAAAACAGAAGCAGAAAAAGCAAUAGAUGAUGCCACAAAGCAUAUUGGCACUGCACAUGGUUGCACAAAUUGAAGUGCGAACAAAAUACAGAACGCUCUGCGCCAUCAAAUCCAUUGAACUCAUAAACCAUUGCCUUGCGGUAUCUAUUACUCGAGAGAGGAAUCUUGCCCAGUGAUUGCCGGAUAAUGCGGUCUACGAGAAUGUUUCAAAAGAAGGCAGGCUGAGUUCCUUGUGAACGAAAGCAGAGUGAGGGAACGAAUGCAACUGCAAAGCCUC